CACGACGAAAUCCACGCGGGCGCCACAACCUCCACAAUGUCGACACAUACCCCUCUUCGGAUAGCCCGAACACCGGCGCACUCAAUUCGCCGCCAGUGUCUCUUCCAACGGCGCCCCGUCCCGUCCACACCACGCUGCCUCGCCGCCGCGCCCGCGCGCGCCUUCUCCUCGACCCCAGCAGCCCGCCACCGAAAGGAUGUCCGGCUCUAUGACCCACGCAUGCAGCUUGCGGGCGCCUCGAAAACCAUCUGGGGCCACCCGGCGCCCAGCGUGCGCAACGGCAACAAGAGCCUCAUGAGGGAGAUGGCCGACGACAUUGGCCUGCUGCAGAACACCAUCAUCCGCGCGCGCUUCCGCGACCUGCCCCGCCCCACCAGCUGGGAGUUUUACAGCUACUUCUGGGCGCUGAUCAAGGCGAAAGCCACCGCGGUGUACACGCGCUCGCACUUCAACCGCUGCGCGCACAAGAAGGGCGCCAAGUCGUAUCUGCCCAUCGACUUCCUCAACCAGAAGCAGCUCAAGGACACCGCGAAGAACAUGUACACCCGCUACUACGAGGCCCUGGCUAGCGCCGACACAAAGGCCCUGCGCGACCUGUGCCUGACCCCCCUCGCCAACGCAGCGCGCACCCAGAUCAACGCGCGCGGCGUCAAGGUGUCGUGGCAACUGCUGAAGUUCAAAUCCGCACGCAUCGUCUCGCACCGCUGCUCGCCGCUCGGCGGCGAGUACCAGGACACCUCGUACCGGCAGUGCGUGGUGCGGCUCGAGUCGGAGCAGCAGCUGACUGUGGUGCCGAUUAUGCCGCGCGCCGGGCAGCGCAGCACGGGCGGGACGGCGUGGGCGCCCGGCGCAGCGCCGAAGCAGAAAGCCGCUGGUGCUCUGUCCGCAGAGAGCGAGGAUGUGCGGACUGAGACGGUCGUGGAGUACGUGGUUCUGCAGACACGGGUCAUGGAGGGCAAGCUGGAUGAGGAGUGGAAGUUGUGGGGCUUCACGACUGAGUCCACGCCAGCGAGGAUCGAGGAGGACGAGGCGUACUGGAGGAAGAUGCUGGAUAUGCAGACUCAGGCAGCAUGAGCGUGAGGUUGCAUUCUCCGAAGCGCGAGAUUGUGAAGCGACGACAUUGUAAACAUAGUCAUGUACAUGCCAAGACAUAGGCCAUUGUAUAAUUCCUGUCAGAUCGACGAUAAGGCUGUUGUUUCUAUACAUGCACGUUGCGGACACUACAUAGAUCAUCAAGUCUGCAGGGUGAGUGAGCCCGCUGUGCUCAGUGCCAGGCAAUCGGCAACAGAGCCGACAGUGCAACGUCACGAGUGGGGCAGCAGUGGGGAACGUAUUCAAGGGUGGGAGUGUGUAUAUUCAUGUCGUGAAAAUUCUAGCCAUUCUCGUCAUGAUAGACGCAUGAAGC